CAGGGAUAAAGGGGAGCGGGCGCAGUGAGACGGUGCAGAAGCCGGUUGGUUUGUGCCUGCAGCUCUGCCCCACUCUGCAGCAAACGCUGAGGAUGAGGAUCGUCAUCUCCGCCCUGCUGGUCUGCACGGUCCUGGGGCUGUGUCUCGCUGUCCCCAGGGAAACUGUGAAAUGGUGCACCAUCUCAAGUCAUGAGGCCAGUAAGUGCUCCACUUUCCGCGACAGUAUGCAGAAAGUCUUUCCUCAGAGUGGUCCUCUUCUCUCCUGUGUGAAGAAAACCUCCACCAUUGACUGCAUCAAGGCCAUCGCGGCAAAUGAAGCAGAUGCUGUGACACUGGAUGGAGGUUUGGUGUUUGAGGCGGGUCUGGCUCCCUACAAUCUGAAACCUGUAGUGGCAGAGUUCUAUGGCUCCAAAGAAGAUCCACAAACCUUCUACUAUGCUGUGGCGGUGGUGAAGAAGGGCAGCGGCUUCCAGCUGAACCAGCUCAAAGGCAAGAAGUCUUGCCACACGGGCUUAGGCAGGUCCGCAGGGUGGAAUAUCCCCAUAGGCUUACUCUACCCGGAAUUGCCUGAGCCACGUGAGCCUCUUCAGAAAGCAGUGGGCAAUUUCUUCGCGGGCAGCUGUGUCCCCGGUGCGGAUGGUUCAGCCUUUCCCAAACUGUGUCAACUGUGUGCAGGAAAAGGGCCCAACAAGUGUGCCUUCUCUAACCACGAACCAUACUUUGGCUACUCGGGUGCCCUCAAGUGUCUAAUAGACGAUGCUGGGGAGGUUGCCUUUGUCAAGCACUUGACGAUAUUCGAGACUGUUACAGACCAGGCUGAGAGGGAAAAGUAUGAGCUGCUCUGCCUGGACAACACCCGGAGGUCAGUCAACGAAUAUGAUAGAUGCCACCUGGCCAGAGUCCCUUCCCAUGCUGUUGUGGCCCGAAGUGUAGAUGGCAAGGAGGACUUAAUCUGGGAACUUCUCAAUCAGGCCCAGGAACAUUAUGGCAGAGGUAAAUCUGAAGAGUUCCAGCUCUUCAGCUUCCCUGGUGGGAAAGACCUGCUGUUUAAGGACACUGCUCAAGGGUUUUUCAAGAUCCCCCCUAAGAUGGACUCACAGAUGUACCUGGGAUAUGAGUAUGUCACUGCUCUUGAGAACUUGAGGGAAGAGACACGCCCACGUGUCCCAAAGAAUGUAUGUCAGAGUGUGAAGUGGUGUGCAGUAGGUCACCAGGAGAAGGCCAAAUGUGAUGAGUGGAGUAUAAACAGUAAUGGGAAAAUAAAUUGUGAAUCAGCAGAGGUCACUGAAGACUGCAUUGCCAAGAUCAUGAAAGGAGAAGCUGAUGCCAUGAGCUUGGAUGGAGGGUUCAUCUACAUUGCGGGCAAGUGUGGUCUGGUGCCUGUCCUGGCAGAGAACUACAAAGUUCAUGACAAUAACUGUGAGAACACACCAGAAGAAGGGUAUCUUGCUGUGGCCGUGGUUAAGUCAUCGGCACCAGAUGACCUCACCUGGAACACUCUAAAAGGCAGGAAGUCCUGUCACACUGCAGUAGAUAGAACUGCUGGCUGGAAUAUCCCCAUGGGCCUGCUCUACAACAGGAUCAACAGCUGUGAAUUUGAUAAAUAUUUCAGUCAAGGCUGUGCUCCUGGGUAUGAGCCAUCUUCCAAUCUCUGUGCUCUGUGUAUUGGCUCAGAAGGUAGCCCAGGAAAGGAGUGUCAACCCAACAACAAUGAAAGAUACUAUGGCUAUACCGGGGCUUUCAGGUGUCUGGUUGAAGCUGGAGACGUGGCUUUUGUGAAAGACCAGACUGUCAUGCAGAACACUGAGGGAAGGAAUCCUGAAACUUGGGCUAAGAACCUAAAGCAGACGGAUUUCAAUCUGCUAUGCACUGAUGGUACCAGGAAGCCUGUGACUGAUGCUGCGAACUGCCACCUAGCCCGAUCCCCAAAUCAUGGUGUGGUCUCGAGGGAAGAUAACGCAGCUUGUGUUCGCCAGGUGUUACUUGACCAGCAGGCCAUGUUUGGAAAAAAUGGAAGUAUCUGCUUGCGUGACUUUUGCAUGUUCCAAUCUAAAACCAAGGACCUUCUGUUCAGGGAUGAUACAAAAUGUUUGGCCAAACUUCAGGACAAAACAACAUAUGAAUCAUACUUAGGAGCAGAGUAUGUCACGGCCGUGGCUAACCUGAAACAAUGCUCAACUUCAAUUCUGGUAACAGUAAAGAACUACCACUCCCGUGAUGCUCCGCCUCAGACGUCUACGCAAAGCCCAGGUACACGUUGCUUUCACGGCGCCGGAGACCACGCAGCUCAUAUGGCUUCCACGGAUUCCCGGCGAAUGGGGAAUGGUGGUGGUGUCGGGGGCGCCUUCCAACCCUACCUAGACUCCUUGCGGCAGGAGUUGCAGCAGGGGGACCCGACUCUGCUGUCAGUGGUGGUGGCGCUUCUGGCGGUGCUGCUGACGUUGGUGUUCUGGAAGUUUAUCCGGAGCAGAAGGAGCAGUCAAAGAGCUGUUCUUCUUGUUGGCCUUUGUGACUCCGGGAAAACACUGCUCUUUGUCAGAUUGUUAACAGGCCUUUACAGAGACACUCAGACUUCCAUCACUGACAGCUCUGCUGUGUACAGAGUCAAGAAUACCAGGGGCACUAGCCUGACCUUGAUCGACCUCCCUGGCCAUGAGAGCUUGAGACUUCAGUUCCUAGAGCGGUUUAAGGCUUCAGCCCGGGCUGUCGUGUUUGUUGUGGACAGUGCAGCCUUCCAGCGAGAGGUGAAAGAUGUGGCCGAGUUUCUGUAUCAAGUCUUAAUUGACAGCAUGGGCCUGAAGAGCACACCAUCAUUCUUAAUCGCCUGCAACAAGCAAGACAUUACAAUGGCAAAAUCAGCAAAGUUAAUUCAGCAGCAGCUUGAGAAAGAACUCAACACCUUACGAGUCACCCGCACUGCUGCCCCCAGCACACUGGACAGUUCCAGCACAGCAUCUGCUCAUCUGGGAAAGAAAGGCAAAGACUUUGAAUUCUCACAGUUGCCCCUCAAAGUGGAGUUCCUGGAGUGUAGUGCCAAGGGCGGAAGAGGGGAUGCUGGCUCUGCUGACAUCCAGGACUUGGAGAAGUGGCUGGCUAAAAUCGCCUGAGGGUCGCAUCCAAACCACAAGCCAGUGGCUGUGUAUGUGGUGACUGACAGUUUUGGGAAAGGGUGUGGUUAGAAAAUUUCUGUGUUCUGGAGACAAACU